AUGCUCUCCAGCCUGGGGUGUCUACUUCUCUGUGGAAGUAUUGCACUUGCUCUGGGAAAUGCACAGAAAUUGCCAAAAGGUAAAAAGCCGAGUCUGAAAGUGCACAUCAAUACCACCAGCGACUCCGUCCUCUUGAAGUUCCUGCGUCCAAAUCCGAACGUAAAGCUGGAAGGAUUCCUCCUGGGAUAUGGCAGCAACGUGUCUCCAAACCAGUAUUUCCCUCUUCCCACAGAAGGAAAAUUCACGGAGGCUGUGGUUGAUGCAGAGCCGAAGUAUCUGAUAGUCGUGCGACCUGCUCCUCCUCCCAGCCAGAAGAAGUCGUGCUCAGGUAAAUCUCGCACUCGCAAACCCCUCCAGCUGGUGGUGGGCACGUUGACACCGAGCUCCGUCUUCCUGUCCUGGGGGUUCCUCAUCAACCCUCACCAUGACUGGACAUUGCCAAGUCACUGUUCCAGUGACAGAUUUUAUACAAUUCGAUAUAGAGAAAAAGAUAAAGAAAAGAAAUGGAUUUUUCAACUCUGCCCAGCUACUGAAACAAUUGUGGAAAAUCUAAAGCCCAACACAGUUUAUGAAUUUGGUGUGAAGGACAAUAUAGAAGGUGGAAUAUGGAGUAAGAUUUUCAAUCAUAAGACUAUUGUUGGAAGUAAAAACAAAGUAAAUGGGAAAAUCCAAAGCACUUAUGACCAGGUCCACUCAGUGCCAGCAUAUGUCCCACGGAAGCUAAUCCCAAUAACAAUCAUCAAGCAAGUGAUUCAGAAUGUUACCCACAGGGCUUCAACCAAGUCCCCAGACAAGAUUCCUUUUGGAGGAACAAUAUUGGUUCAUCUUAUUAUUCCGGGUCUUAACGAUUCCACUGUAAAACUUCCCUCAUCCAUAAUGCUUGAGAUUUCGGAUGCUCUCAAGGCACAAUUAGCUAAGAAUGAAACAUUGGCUUUACCAGCAGAAUCCAAAACGCCGGAGGUUGAAAAAGUGGCAGGGCAGCCAGUAACAGUGACUCCGGAAACAGUUUCAAGAAGCACUAAGCCCACCCUGGCUAGUGCUUUAGAUACUGCAGAGACAGCACUGGUCCUCAGUGAGAAGACGCCAGAAACAGCACACUCUGUUCUAAUCCCUGAGUCUGAAUUGCUCUCGAGUGCUUUAGCUCCAAAAGGGUCCCCAGAGUUUCCUGAGGCGAAAACAGCCUUCCCAUCUGAGAAACCUGGGGGUUCCCUGGCUUCAAGUGAAGAGCUAUGGGUGGUACCUGGAGCUAAAACAUCUGAAGAUUCCAGAGUUGUGCAGCCUCGAACUGCAACUUACGAUGUUGUCUCAAGCUCAGCAACUUCUGAUGAGACUGAAGUAGAGCCCCACACAGCAACAAGUGAUCCUAUUCUGGACUCUGUCCCACCUAAAACUUCUAGAACUGCUGAACAGCCAAGGGCAACACUGGCUCCAAGUGAAGCAUCGUUUGAUCCCCGAACCGUGGAAAUCCUCACCAGUCCUGAAAUACGACCUACGACAGCUGCUCCCCAGCAAACUACCUCUAUUCCGUCCACACCCAAACGACAGUCAACUCCCAAACCGCCAAGAGUCAAACCUGCCCCAGAACCCGAGACUCGACCAUCUGCACAGUCAACAAAGGCUCCACCACACAAGACCAAAAGGCCAGGUCGCCGCCGUCCUAAAACCACCCGUAGUCCAGAAGUACCCAAGUCCAAGCCUGCUCUGGAACCCGCUACUGUACCACCGGAGAUCUUGGUACCCACAAUUGUUCCCAAACCACCCCAGAGACCUAAAGCCACACGCAGGCCAGAGGCACCCCAAAUCCAGCCUGCUCCCCGACAGACAACCAGCAUGCCUCCCAAGCUCAAACCACCACACUCAAGAAGGCCAGGAAAAGAGCAAGUUCCUAAGGGAUCCCCGCAUACUACUUCAAAGCCAAAAAUGCCACCAAGUCCUGAAGUGGCAGACACUACAUCUGUUCCAAAAGAAGAACACCUUUCCCAUAAACCAGAUCCCGAGGUCUCUCAAAGUGAAACUGUGCCUUUAGAGACACGGGACAUUCCUCUCAUACCUGUGAUUUCACCAAGACCUAGUGAAGAGGAACUACAAACCAUCAUGGAACAAACAGACCAGUCUACCCAAGAGCUCUUCACAACUAAGAUUCCACGAACAACUGAACUGGCAAAGACAACUCAGGCACCACACAGAUUACACACCACUCCUGCGAGGCCCAGAAUACCUGAAAGGCCACAUGGCAGGCCUGCCCUGAACAAAACAACUACAAAACCUGAUAAAACCAAAUCCAGAGGGAUGUCCCAUAAAAAUGGAGUAGGACCAGGAACCAAGCAGACACCUAAGCCAUCAAGCACUGGGAGAAAUACGUCAGUAGACUCACAUGCCAUAAGAAAACCAGGCUUAAUCCCAGGGACACGUCAUAGACAUACGUCCCCAAGACCUGUGCCUCCACAGAGAAAGCCUUUACCACCGAAUAAUGUCACCGGAAAGCCAGGGAGUGCAGGAAUCAUUUCCUCCAGUCGGGCAACUUCCCCACCCCUGAAGGCAACACUCAAACCUACUGGAACAGCCACAGAGAGACCAGGGGCAGAAAAAAAGCAACCAACUGCUCCUGCUUCAGAAGAAGAAUUUGGUAAUACAACUGACUUUAGUUCAAGUCCGACCAAAGAAACCGAUCCCCUUGGGAAGCCCAGAUUCGUAGGUCCCCAUGUGCGAUAUAUCCCAAAGCCUGACAACAAGCCCUGUUCCAUCACUGAUUCCGUCAGACGCUUCCCGACAGAGGAAGCCACGGAAGGGAAUGCCACCAGCCCACCACAGAACCCACCCACUAACCUCACCGUGGUCACUGUUGAAGGCUGCCCCUCAUUUGUCAUCUUGGACUGGGAGAAACCUCUAAAUGACACCGUCACUGAAUAUGAAGUCAUAUCCAGAGAAAAUGGGUCAUUCAGUGGGAAGAACAAGUCCAUUCAAAUUACAAACCAAACGUUUUCUACGGUAGAAAAUCUGAAACCAGAUACAAGCUAUGAAUUCCAGGUGAAACCCAAAAAUCCACUUGGCGAGGGCCCCGCCAGCAACACAGUGGCGUUUAGUACGGAAUCAGCUGACCCAAGAGUGAGUGAGCCAAUUUCUGCAGGGAGAGACGCCAUCUGGACUGAAAGACCCUUUAAUUCAGACUCUUACUCAGAAUGUAAAGGCAAGCAGUAUGUUAAAAGGACGUGGUAUAAAAAGUUUGUCGGAGUGCAGCUGUGUAACUCUCUCAGAUACAAGAUUUAUUUGAGCGACUCCCUCACAGGCAAGUUUUACAACAUAGGAGAUCAAAGGGGCCAUGGAGAAGAUCACUGCCAGUUUGUAGAUUCAUUUUUAGAUGGCCGCACAGGACAGCAACUUACCUCUGACCAGUUACCCACCAAAGAAGGUUAUUUCAGAGCUGUUCGUCAGGAACCUGUCCAAUUUGGAGAAAUAGGUGGUCAUACCCAAAUCAAUUAUGUCCAGUGGUAUGAAUGUGGGACCACAAUACCUGGGAAAUGGUAGAUGCAACAAAAUUAUUUCCAAAGUACUUCUGGUUCACUAUCGCAAAAAGAAACAACAACAACAACAACAACAACAAACCACCAAAAAUAGUGGUACUUGUCAUACCUAUUCAAGCCUAUUUUUGUUUACUAUGUGUAAGUUUGCAGUCUAAGACAGCAGUACUAGAUGUUUAUUAUUAGAAAAGAUUACUGAGAAUAUUUAUCAGGUUUUACAAAGUCAUUUUUAAAAAGCAAGAUAUUAACAUUAAUAAAAUAACAUUUUAGGGAAGCUGGCUCCCUAGUCAUAUUUUAAAAGAUCAUUUGUAUAUUAUUUAUCACACUGUUGUAAUGUUUUCAGAUACUUUUAUAACAAAAUUGUCAAAAAUCUUUAAUAAUCUUUAUAAAAAGUAUUUACUUUAUUGAUGUGUACGUGUUGUUGGUGAAUUAAUUCCACAAACCUCUUCUUGGUUUAACUUAUUGGAUCAAAUAAUCUUCAGCAUAUACAUUUGACAGGAAGUAGUUCAAAUGUAAAUGUAAACUUCCAUUUUUAGAAUCAGAUGAACAGAUUUUAAGUUUAAGUAGUUAUAUAUUCAUGCUAAUAAUUCCUUAACUACCAGCAAAUUAUUGCAAAAAGCCUGAAUCUGUAAAUUUUAUUUAAGCCAGAAACAAGUAAUAAUCUGGUAUGUGUCAGAUGAUAACGCCUUUCUUCUGUGCCCAUACUACUAUGUCUCAGAUACUUUCAAGAGCUUCCUUUAAGCCAUUUUCAGUGGUUCUAUGGUUAAGCUGUACGUAGAGACUGGGUGUGAGGGCACAUGGAAAGAUAAUGCAUGGUGAGAAGCUAUGAUUUCAUAGGAUAUAUUAUAUAUUUAUAUGUUUAGGCCAUGAAUGAAUGUAUCACAGAAUGUUUUUGUGACGCUGUUUACUUAAGCUGUAACAAAACUGACUCAUUUUAUGAAAAAAAAAAAGGAAAAAGCAUUGCUUUCCUUCAUGUGUGGAGGGAGCCUAGAAUAUUAUUGCUUGCCCUGAAAAGAUUUUUUUCUGUAUGUACCUUUCAACAUGCUUUAGUUUUAUCAAUACUACAUUUUGUAUUUUCAAGCAAGUAUAAACAACUGCAAUAAAAAGAUGUAGGUUUUUAAAAAUG